GUAAAAUUCCCAGUGUUAAAUUUGCAGUGUUAAAGUGUAUUGACUCUAUCAGAGUCAUUAUAACAACAGCUGAAGUAAAACGCCCCCCAGUGCUGGUGUUAAUUCGCGGAGUUAAAAGACGCAGUGUCAGAAUGACUCUGAAUCAGAAUCAGAUAACUUUAUUGAUCCCGGAGGAAAUUGCUUAUGUGAUGAUUGUCACAACACACAAAGACACAGAGACACAAGAACAAUAUAAAUAAUGGUCUAGAUAAAUCCGAGUAGAGAUCUGUACAAAGAAAACCACAAUAUGGAAAGACUAUGCUACAUACAGAAAUGCUUGGUAUAACAUCUGUAAGUCACGCAGCUGAGUGAAAACUAUUGACAUAGUGGUAACUUUGAAUAAAUUAUUGCAAUCUGGAGCUGGAAAGCUCCUCCCACCACAGACUCAUUUUCAAACCGACAGGAGUUUUCACGGCGCCAUUUUUGCAGGCGAGUUACAACGGUAAGCUUUUCAUAUUUGGUUAUUAAACCAACAAUUGGACAUUUUCAACAACAGGCAGCAUGUUAAAAUAACGAUACAAUCUGACUGUCCACAUUUCUGAAAUAUUUCAUUUUGUUCCAGAAGCAAAUGUGACCGUGUCUAAUUGCAAACGUAAAGUCGUUAAUUAGCUAAACAAGUUGGCUGCUAUCGGUGUUGGCUAAGACUGUAAGGCCAGUGUUCGAAAAUUAUUGCAGUGUGUAGUGGAGAUUGUGUUGUGUUCUAGCAUGUUCGAAAUUCUGCUAAAUUAAACCCUCCAUGUGUUGGGAGCUCCGUAUUAACAUUAACUAGCUAACUAGCAUUUUGGCUAACCUAGGUGCGCGGGCAGUCCGCUCGUUACCUUUACAUUUUAAAUGAGGUAACGAUUAACUAGUUAACAUUUUACACUAACGUUACGUCUUUUUCACUUGUUUUUGGUUUCUAUGGAGGACGUUUUGAGUAGGGUUAUUGUUUUAUUUCAACUAGUGAUGCGUGGUUACAACCAACACGCGAUAUAAGCUUGAUAAAGUUAAAAAAAAAAAAGGUCCAGGAUCCAUUUUAUAAUGCUUUCUUUUAGUUAUUUGAACUUAAGAUGACAGCAUUUGUAUCUGUAAUAAGUUGACUUGAUGGUGACGUUACUAAUGUUGAAUGGUGAUAUUGACACAAGUAACGUUAUCUGUUCCUUUUUGCUGUUUUGCAAUUGCCAGACUUCAGUAUGUUAAGCUAACGUUGAAGGAAAUGCUGACUCUCUAGUGCUAAGUUAGAUAAAUUAGCGAUUAGACUGUGGUAAGAACAGACACAUGGGGAAGGUUUGGGGAGGCUGCUGCACCACUGUACUGAAGAAGGUAAACGUAAUUUAACUGUGUUUUUGUUUUUUUGCUCUGGUUUCAAGUAGAGGUCGACCGAUAUAUCGGCCGAUAUAUCGGGCCGAUAUUUGACAUUGUUUUAAUGUAUCCGCAUUGGCCGAUAUGCGAGUGUAGUACGCCGAUUUACAGACAGGCAAGUCUGCGGAUAUCCCGGUGUUAUUGUUACUGUGGAACACGUGACCCAUGCUGCCUCGUGCAGGGCCCCAGCCAGAAGUUUUGAAAGAAUCCAGGGAGAAAACGGUAAGGCUUAAAUUCUGAUCUUUCAAAGACCUAUUUAUUUAACUGGUUUGCUAUGGAAUGUUGAUCUAAAAGAAACGGGAGCGCUACUGAAAUAGAGCGUGAAUUACGCUGUGGGGAACUGGUGUGAUGAUAAUGAGUCUUCAACCAACUGACAGUUUUGUGGACUUGUUGGUGGGCUCACGGACGUUUUUUAAUCAAAAAUUAUUUUAACUUUUCACUUUAGCCGAGGCUAACAAUGGUCCUUCCUUGCAACUUGUUUACAUCUGACAGCGUAGAUUCGAACGAUUUGUCAGAUGUCUAGAUAAAAAGUGCACGAGUUUGCGUAGUUUGUGACGUUGUCGACGGAAACUAUCUCUAGGGGCCGACGUUGUCCUUGCAUACAAGGCUGUCUAAUACAACAGUUAUAUUAUUUUCUGCGAUGGCUGCAUUAUGAUUGUGAAUUUGGCUUGUUAGCUGUCUGUCUGCUAACAACAGCCUUGUACACUACUCAUCAUACCAUGAUGCACUUGGUUACUAGUGUUUUUUCUUUCAAAAUAUGAGUGUUAUUGUUUUAAUGUGCAUGGAAUACUGGAAUUGUAGAAUGAAUUGAAGAUGAAGGCACUAUAAUGAAAAUGCUAAUGUUGCAUUUUUUUCUUCUGUUGUAGUAAUUGCUGUCUGAUGGCUGAACAAAAAUGGACUGGAAGUGUGAUUAAAACUGAAGAUAACAUGAACAUAAAAACAUGAGUUUGCCGCUAUAUUGUGCACUAAGAGAUUCUGAUCCUGCUAUUUUUAUUGUUUACAAGUUGUAUUGUGUUUUUAUUUAAGUUUAUAUUUAAAUUUACUCAAGUCAGUAUUCAAUAAAUGCCGAGUUGAGAUUUUGUUUGUAUCGUUUGUUAUUGUUAGUGUGAUAUUUUACCAUGCAAAUAGAGGGGAAAACGUCCAAUUAUCAGCCAGAAAAAAUCGGCAGCAUGUAUCGCCAUCGGCUGACCCUGACUCCUAAUUAUCGGCUUCGGCUAUUGAUAAACCCAUAUCGGUCGACCUCUAGUUUCAAGUUAUGAGUAGAGUAACAUUACAUGACAUGGUUUCAAUACAGUGAAGCAGGAUUUUCGGUAGUUAUUUAGAAGUACUAGUAAUUCUCAUGCCCUGCGAUGGGCUGGCCCCCCAUCCUGGGUUGUUCCCUGCCUCGUGCCCAUUGAUUCCGGGAUAGGCUCCGGACCCCCCGCGACCCAGUAGGAUAAGCGGUUUGGAAAAUGGAUGGAUGGAUGGAUAGUAAUUCUCAUGUAGAUGAAACACUCAGUUAGUAUAGGCCAAUGAAGUUAGCCAACCACCGCAAACUACAGCCAGAGAGCUGAAACACCUGUUAUACUCAAAUAAAUGUAACAUGGAAGACACCAUAAACAUAGGGAGGGGUUACUGCAGGGCUGUUUUGCUCGUAUUUAUGGGACUGUUAAUAUUCACUUUUUUCUGUUUAUUGUUCAAUGAAGUGCACUGACUAUAAGAAAUUACUGUCUACAGGAAGCAUGCUGCUUAAAGCAAAACUCGGAGGUGUGCAGAAAUUUGUCAGAGUUUCUGAGCCAAGCCUUAAGGAAUUUUUGAUUGCCGCAUUUGCAAAGUUUGGUGUGCCAGCCAUAAUAGAAGGUGUGAAAGUUUUUGACAGUUCAGGGACUGAGUUGGAUGAUGAUGUAUUUGAAGAUAUAGUAACGGAUCCCUCAACUGGGGUACUAACCAUCAAAUAUGACACAGGUUUGGAAACAGCUGCUACAGAAGUGUCUCCUGAGCAGUCGCAGUUAUCAUCGUCACAUUCUUCAGAUUCACAGGACACGGUCAUCCUUUCAGACAGCCCUUCUAGCAAACGCAGGAAGCUGGACGCAGAAGCUAAGCAAUUGGUGGAAUCCAUUCUCACCAGCAAAUCUGGCGGAGAACGUAUAAUAAAUGAAUACAUUCGAACCAAGUCCUUGGUGGAUGAAACCAGAAGAAAAAUGGUGAACAUACUGGUAGCUGACAUGACAGAAAAAAAUGGAACAUCACCACCACGCCAGGUAAAAGAAAUGUAUGCCAGAGGAAUUGUAACCUUAUUCCCCUACCUCAGUGACCCGUACUCCAAAAAUGGCUAUGAACAUUAUUAUGAUGGUGAGAGUGGCACUGGGUACUUGGCCUGGAGGAUUAAAACCAUACAGAGAUGCAGUGCUAAAGACAGGCGAUUAUCAUUUGGAGGAGAUGGAUCAUCGGGUGAAAACCAGUGUGGAGGACCAACUGGAAGACGAGAGUUGCAGUUUGUUACAGAGAAGGUGCUGAGUGAGGAUGAGUGCAAGGAAGCAAUCUCACUGAUGAAACAUUCAGCUGAUGAAGACACAGUCAAGAAGAAGAUGAAGUUGACAGCAGUUUAUCGCCGCAACAUGGUCCUUGACCCCUUGCUGUCAAGCAACAUACUGUCCUAUUUUCCACGUUUUAAAGAUAUCAAAGGCUUGAUUGAACAGGAUUUUGUACUGAUGUUUGGUGAGGAUGUAUCAGGCAGGUUUCUGGAGAGGUGGCCAACAACAUUCAAAGGAAAGAUUAUCCAACAAGGCAGAAAGCUUCCUUCUGCCAGUGACCUGGAAGAACUCUUGCUGGCAGCUGACCCUCCUGAGGAUGCCACUGAAGUUAAUGCUGACAUUGGUUGGGACAGUGACCUUUCAACAAUUUUAUUGCUAUUACAUCUGAUUCCACCAUCUGGACAGGGUCGGAAAAGACCAGGAAAGGUGUCAGCUUCCCAAGCGGAAAAGCAUCUUGUGGUCUUCAAAAAGACUGGGACAAAUAUCCAAGAGCAUCUUGAUGCCAUCACUACUAGCACUCAACCCUACCUCUUGGCUGUUGGGGUGAAGAAGAAUGACAUCCACCAGUACUUCAUUAUUCUUGACAAGAACGCCAUACCAUGCAAGUCAACCUCUUCUCUAGGUUCUUUUGAUGAAUUGUUUAAAGCACAUUUUGUGUUUGGUACAUCUUACAACACCAUGCUUCACAACAUGUACACAUUCAUCCAAACCACUGUGUACAACAUAGAUGUUGGCAAAGUCAAAGAAAGUCCCCGAGUUGCUGAAGUAAGGGCAAGGUUGCUUCAUUAGUGCUUGAAGUUUGAAUCCCAUUGAAUUCCUCCAUGAAGUGUUUUGUCUGUCAGGCUGAGUUUACUGGUUCAAAAAUGCUUGUUAGGCAUUUACGGUUAGUUCAUGGUUAUUUACCUGGAAAAAAUCUUCGCCUUAAAUGUGCCCAGCGUGGCUGUGGCUGUGUGUUUGGUACUUUUUCUGGUUUUAGAAAACAUUUAAAUACCAAACACCUUAACUAUUUUGACCAACAGGCUGACACUGAUGUUAAUCUCCAGCCUGAUGUGGCAGUUAAACAAGUUAGCAGUGCAGGGGAGGUGGUGUCAACUAAUGUAGAAGAGACACCCACAACAUCCGAAAUAUUGAAGUCAAAUAAAAGCACUCUGGAUAUGUGUGCCUCUGCUGUUGCACAGCUCAGGGCAGCGGGAUUAAGCCAAUCUACUGUAAAUAGUUUUGUCUCCUCAAUGGAAGAACUGUUUUUUGAGAUUCAUACUCAGGCUAAAGAUACAGCCUUACAGAGCUUACCUUCACAGGACACCACAAGUAAAAACAAAUUUGAGCAGUCAUUCGAAAACUUUGAAAACCCAUUCACACUGUUAAAUUCAGAAGCUAAACGAAAUAAACACUUUAAACAAAAAUGGGCAACUGUUGACCCUGUUGAAAUUGUGCUUGGCACAAGAUUUGACGGUAGAAGAAACAAGAUUACAGGGACUUAUGAUCAAGUCAUUGUAACUGAUAGGUUUGCAUAUGUUCCCAUUUUGGAAACACUGAAACAAAUCUUUCAAAACCACCAUGUUGUUGACAUAUUCAAGUCCAGGAAUAUACCCAGAGAAGGUGUGUAUACAGAUUUACACGAUGCUGCCUAUGUUAAAGGAAGUCCCCUAUUUUCUACAGAAAAAGAUGCCUUACAAAUUCAACUAUUUUAUGACGACUUUGAAACUGCAAAUCCCUUGGGCUCUAAAAAGGGUGUACAUAAGUUAGGUGUAAUAUACUUUACACUAAGGAAUUUUCCCCCAAUCUUUAAUUCCUCUUUGGUUAAUAUUCAUUUGUGUGCUCUUUUUCAUGCACAAGAUUCCAAGCGUUAUGGCUUUAAUUCAAUACUUGAGCCACUUGUCAAUGAUCUGAAAGUACUUGAGACAGAGGGCCUGAAAAUUCCCAUGUUUAAACACUUGAUUCAUGGCACUGUAGUCCAGGUCACUGGGGAUAAUCUUGGCUUACAUAGUCUGUUUGGGUUUGUGGAGUCGUUUGCAGCUCGAUAUUGUUGUCGUUUCUGUCUGCUUGAGAAAGAUUGUUUUCAAAGUGUGUUCUGUGAAGAUGAUUCUGGUGUUGUACUAAGAACUCUUGAUAUGCAUAAGCAGCACUGUGAAAGUUUACAAAGAGAUCCUACGCUACCUCAUGUAUGUGGUGUGAAACGCAGUUGUCUCUUGAAUUCACUUAAAUAUUUCAACACAGCUAACAAUUUUUCUGUAGAUAUCAUGCAUGACAUUUUGGAGGGAGUUGCUCAGUUAGAGGUGAAACUUGUUCUGCAGUACAUUCAGGAGAACUUCCUAAGUGCUGAACAGCUUGCUGGUAGAAUACAUGCCUUUGACUAUGGCUACAAUCAGCGACGAAACCGCCCUCCAAGGGUAAAGUUGUUUGAUGGCAGUAAUGAUUUAGGGUUAAAUGCAAUUCAGUCUUGGUGCUUAUUGCGUAACGCUCCGUUGCUGUUUGGUGAUUUAGUACAGACAGAUGAUAAGCUUUGGCAUCUUCUACUUCUGCUUCUACAAAUUGUCAAUAUUAUAUUUUCACCAGUGCUAUCAGAAGGUAUGACCAUCUACCUCAAACAUUUAAUUAUUGAUCAUCAUCAGCUCUUUAAGCAGUUAUUUCCUACAAUCAGUCUCCUACCAAAGCAUCACUUCAUGAUACAUUACCCUCGCAGUAUCCGAAACAUUGGCCCAAUUCUGCACAUGUGGUGCAUGAGAUACGAAGCCAAACAUAAUUUCUUUAAGAAACAAUUAAAAAGCUUUAAAAACAUUACAAAGACAUUGGCCAAAAAACACCAAAGUUGUAUGGCAAUGUAUUGGGAGUCCUUUAGUCUGGAAAAAUUAGCCUUAGGACCAGGAAAGAUGGUGACACUUGGAGAGCUGAAAGAAGGUCCAGAAAUUGCCUUAAAAAUUGGAGCUGUAUUGUCUACCAGUGUGUUUUCAGCUAAAUGGAUAAAACAUCAUGGUACAGAGUACCGCCCUGACUUUAUCAUCUGUACAGAGGUAGUGUCUGAGAUGCCUGUGUUUUGUAAGAUCAAGAGUAUUGCUGUGAAAGAUGACAUUGUAUUGCUUUGCGGAAAACUGAUGGAAACCCUGUGUUUGGAUGACCAUUACCAUGCAUUUAGGGUCAGAAUGCAUCCCAAUAUGGUUCUGAAAGUGUUAAACAUAAAUGAGCUGUGUUACUUCAAACCACUUGAUCUUCAACUGAAGUAUGGCACGUCAGAUUCCUCCCUGUAUGUUGUUCCAUAUUGUCAUUUUAUGUAGAACUAAAGUCAUUGUUUUAAAGUGUUUUAUAUACUACAUGAGAUGUUUUAAUAUUUUUAGCCUGACAUUAAAAUAAAGCAGUUAAACCUA